AUGGCUUCUCGCAAACCUCGAAGACAAAAUAAUCACAACUCCGUACACCUCACGGACUAUGAAUCUGACGCUCAAUACUUUUCCGACAUGCAGCAACAGCCUGCACCACCACUCCGCUCCAACGAGGAGCUUAACCUCUCCGUUAUCCAACGACACAAGCCCACUGUGACCUCCAUUCUUUCCCUCGCGCCCUACGCGGUCGUCUACAUUUUCAGCCCAACCACAAAACAAUGGGAGAAGAACGGUGUUGAAGGAACUCUGUUCGUUUGCCAGGAAUCGCAGGGCGAUCUAGGCGAAGAACGCUACACUGCCUUUGUGCUGAACCGCCGUGGCUUAAACAACUUCGAUCUCCCACUAACCGACGGCGAGAAUGUUGAAAUCACAGACGAAUAUGUGAUUCUCAAAGCUGAAGAAACCGCUGAAGGAGAAGCUGGACAGAAUGGUAUCGCCGAUCCGUUGCACCCACAGAAUGUCCCCAACUCCCAGACCGGCACCAACAACGUACGCAUCUACGGUCUUUGGAUCUACUCAGAGCCACCGCCAAACUCCACCGCCGAGAGUCGUACCAUAAAUGCCCAGAUGAUUCUCGAGUGCGCCACACACGCAGGGCAGAGCCUGAAGCUGGCUCGCGAGCGCCUCGAAGCCAUGCGCCAGAACAGCUUGCACGUUGCUGCAGCGGCGGCUUCAGCACAAGCUGCCCCGCUCGAUGAAGUCCAGGCCGGUGCGCCCAUGGGACGCCAGAUUUCGCUGAAGGAUUUGUUUGGUCAGCAGCGCGCUCAGGACGACGGUUGGAGUGUGCGCGCACACCAUUUGGGCCCCAACCAGCAUCCCCAGCCGACCGCCCAACCUAACUAUCAGAACAUGAAUAUGGUACCUCAGCAGAUGACGGUGCCUACUCCCCCGCCACAGCCACAAUCCGAUGUGCUAGGAGAUCUGUUCCGGAGAGCAGGGCUGGCCCAACAAGGCAAUGGGCAGGGAUACUAG